AUAAAAGUCAAUCCCAAAGAUUCCUCAAUUUUAUUAUAAACAGAGAAGAAAUCCCUUUUUUUCUGUGCCUAUCUUUGUUUUCCACUUCUCGCACCAAUCUCUCCCAACAUGUCGGGAGCUUUAUCUUGCUCUACGACCGAUCUGGCAGUCUUAUUAGGCCCUAAUGCCACUGCGGCGGCUGACUACAUCUGUGGCCAACUUAGCGCCGUUAACAACAAAUUUACCGACGUGGCUUUCGCCGUAGAUAAUACGUACCUUCUCUUCUCGGCUUACCUCGUCUUCUCUAUGCAACUCGGCUUCGCUAUGCUCUGCGCUGGCUCUGUCAGAGCCAAGAACACGAUGAACAUCAUGCUUACCAACGUCCUUGACGCUGCAGCUGGAGGCCUCUUCUAUUACCUAUUCGGUUACGCAUUUGCCUUUGGAUCUCCCUCAAACGGUUUCAUUGGAAAACACAACUUUGGUCUCAAAGACUUUCCUUCAGCCUCAGGCGAUUACUCUAACUUUCUAUACCAAUGGGCUUUUGCUAUCGCCGCAGCCGGAAUCACCAGCGGCUCCAUCGCUGAACGAACUCAGUUUGUUGCAUACCUGAUCUAUUCAUCCUUCUUAACAGGAUUUGUUUACCCGGUUGUUUCUCACUGGUUCUGGUCCGUUGAUGGGUGGGCUAGUCCUUUUAGGACAGACGGAGAUUUACUUUUCAGCACCGGAGCAAUCGAUUUCGCUGGCUCGGGUGUUGUACAUAUGGUUGGAGGUAUUGCUGGUCUAUGGGGUGCAUUGAUCGAAGGUCCACGACUUGGCCGGUUCGAUAACGGUGGACGAGCUAUCGCUCUACGUGGCCACUCGGCGUCACUAGUUGUCCUUGGAACAUUCCUCCUUUGGUUUGGAUGGUAUGGAUUCAACCCUGGUUCCUUCAACAAGAUCCUUGUCACGUAUGAAUCAGGCACGAUCAACGGCCAGUGGAGCGCUGUUGGAAGGACAGCUGUCACGACCACUUUAGCUGGCUGUACCGCGGCGCUCACAACCCUCUUCGGGAAACGUCUUCUCUCGGGACACUGGAACGUUACUGAUGUAUGCAACGGCCUCCUAGGAGGUUUUGCAGCUAUAACCGGUGGCUGCUCCGUCGUAGAGCCAUGGGCAGCGGUUAUCUGCGGGUUCGUAGCGGCCCUGGUACUCCUUGGGUGCAACAAGCUGGCGGAGAAACUCAAAUACGAUGACCCGCUCCAGGCAGCACAGUUACAUGGUGGCUGUGGAGCCUGGGGGCUAAUAUUUACCGCACUUUUUGCUAAUGAAAAGUACUUGAACCAGAUUUACGGCGAGAAGCCCGGAAGGCCGCACGGUUUGUUCAUGGGCGGUGGAGGAAAACUGCUAGGAGCUCAGCUGAUUCAAAUACUUGUGAUUACAGGUUGGGUAAGUGCUACCAUGGGAACGCUUUUCUUCAUCCUCAAGAAAAUGAAACUUUUGCGUAUAUCUGCGGAGGAUGAGAUGGCUGGUAUGGAUAUGACCAGGCAUGGUGGAUUUGCUUACAUGUACUAUGACGAUGAUGAGUCUCACAAAGCUAUUCAGCUAAGGAAAGUCGAGCAUAGAUCUCCUUCACCUUCGGGUGUUAUUACCACUCCUGUUUGA